UGGCAAACAUGGACCUGUCUGUAUCUAGUCAGGAAACCAGAGAGGAAAACAGAUCUGGGUGCUGGUGAGGGCUGGGCACUCUGACACCCAGGCAGUGACGGCAUGUGGCGGAUGUGGGAGGGAGGCCCUUGGCAGGGCUUGGCUUCCCCUCCCUGCAGUCCUGGCCCAUUUACCCCGCCUGUGCUUUCACAUUCCCCAGCAGAGGCUGGAGCUGCUGGCAGCUGGGGGCACCUGGGUGUUCAGGGAGCUCCUCCACUCUGUCCCUCGGGAGGCAGGUAAUCCCAGAAGAUCUUUCUUUGCCAAACCCAGGGGCUGAUGCAUCCCCUUCCCUGCUCCAGUGCUGGACUCCUGCAUUCCAGGAUCCUUUUCCCACUGAUGGGAAUGAGGGUUUCUCAUCCCCAUUCUCUCUUGGCCUCGGUUGCUGCAGGUGUGUAUCUCCAGUGGAGACAGCCAGUAAGAGGAGAGGUGUCCUGCUGGCAAUCAGUGUCUGAGCAGCGUGCUGCCCACUAUGGCUGGUUGGUUUAGGAGGCUCCUGCACAAAUCCAAGCCCAGCUCAGCGGAAAGCCUCAAGUCCAGCCACUCUGCUUCAUCCUCACCUUCCUCCUCCUCAUCAUCCUCUGCCAAGAGCUCCAGCUCUUCUCCUGGCACGAGCCUGGCCACCAGCUCCAUCUCCCUGUCACCUGUGUCAGCAGUGGACAUCAGCGCCUCGGACAGUCCCCGGUGGGACAAGAGCUACGACGUCUGCAUCUGCCACAGCGAGGGGGACGUGGAGCUGGUGUCGGAGCUGGUGUCCUACCUGGAGGGCCAACCCGAGAGCUUCCGCUGCUUCCUCCAGCUGCGGGAUGCGGUGGCGGGGAGCGCGGUGGUGACGGAGCUGUGUGACGCCGUGCAGAACAGCCACUGCUGGGUCAUGCUCAUAACCCCCGGCUUCCUGCAGGACCCCUGGUGCAGGUACCAGAUGCACCAGGCCCUGGCUGAGGCUCCCAUGGCCAACGGACGCACCAUCCCAGUGCUGAAGGACGUGGAUCGCAAGGAUUAUCCCAGGGAGCUGCGGAACAUCUACUACAUCUACAUGGCGCUGAAGGAGAAGAGCUUCAGGCAGAUCAGAGACACUGUCAUGCGCUACCUCCAGGAACUGUGCCGGAGCUCCACAAAAAGCAUGGAGUAGUGCUGGAAGCAGGAAGAUGCAUCUCCAUAGGCAUCAUGGAGCUGUCGCCAUUGGAUCUGGGUGUUGGCAUGUCCCAUUGGACUUUGAGGUCAAACCUGAGCUGCUCAGACCAGACCUGGGACCAAAGAUAGGGAGUUCUCCGCAUCCAUGAGGGACAGCAGACCGGAGCCCACCACGUCCUGGUGGCCAAAAUCUCCUCAGCAGGGACAGGGACAGGGACAUCCAUCACACAAACACUAAGCUCUGUUACCGGGUGGUUCUCGGGGUCAUGAGAGCUCUUUACUGUGCUGGCAUUCUCUGUCCUGACGGUCCAGGACCCCUACUAAGCUGACAAGACACCUGCUGGGCACCUGUGGGCAGGACAAGAUGAGGCAGGCGGUGCGCUGCACGGAAUCGUUGCGACUACGAAAAUGCAGAAGUUUUAAAUGUU